UUAAAUUGAAAGAUCCAUUGAUCAGGUUAGGCAAAGCUGCCCGCGGGCAGGACUGAACCCUUGUCGUCCGACAAAUUUCACCCGUAGCCACUGAAUUUCUCUCUUCAACCCGGCAAUUAGGGUUUCUGUUUCUCACUUCCCAGCUCAAAAUUGGACCAGUAUUUGCUGCACUUCCUUCGAUCGCGAUGGCGAAGACGAAGCCGGGGAAAAAAGACGUUGAUUCCUACACUAUAAAAGGCACCAACAAAGUUGUCAGACGUAUUCCCAUUUUGAUCCACUUUGCUCUAUUUUUUUUAUUCGUUUUUAUUUCUCUUGUGUUUUAAAUCGUCGUGUUGGUGGUUGAUUAACAUGAUUUUGUACUUUUGUAUGUUGAGGUAUCAAAUAUGGGGGUUUGAGCCGUGUUUUUGGGGCUGUUUGUUUUGAUGUUUGUGGCUCAUGCUUUGUGUUGCUAAAAUGUUUUUUUUUUUCUUUCUAUUCCUGAAGCUAGGGAAUGUUUGUUUGAGGUUGAUUAGAAUUUGGAAUUUGUUUGUAAUUUUGUUAACUAGCUUUGGUUAAACAACUCUGUUUUAAGCUUCUUUAUCAGGUUUCUGGUUGGUUACUUGCAAGUUUGAAAUGCCUAAAUGCUGUCAUUUUAACUUGGUUUGGAGCCCGUUGUUUGUACACGUGUAACCGGGCAGAUGAAUGAUCUCAAUUCGGACGGAAACAAAGCUGGAGAUUGUGUGUUGAUGAGACCGCCUGAUUCGGACAGGCCACCAUAUGUGGCACGAGUCGAAAAGAUUGAGGCUGACCACAGGAGUAACAUGAAAGUGCGGGUGAGGUGGUACUACCGCCCCGAGGAAUCAAUUGGAGGCCGUAGGCAGUUCCACAGUUCCAAGGAGCUAUUCUUGUCGGACCACUACGAUGUACAAAGUGCUCAUACCAUUGAAGGAAAGUGCAUUGUGCAUACGUUUAAGAACUACACCAAGCUAGAGAAUGUGGGGACGGAGGAUUACUUUUGCAGAUUUGAGUAUAAGGCUGCUACUGGAAGCUUCACUCCCGACCGUGUUGCUGUAUAUUGCAAGUGUGAGAUGCCUUAUAAUCCAGACGAUCUCAUGGUGCAAUGUGAAGGAUGUAAAGACUGGUUUCAUCCUUCUUGUAUGGGCAUGACUAUUGAAGAGGCAAAGAAGCUGGAUCAGUUCAUGUGCUUGGAUUGUUCAUCCGACGAUGAUACCAAAAGGUCUUUGAACUCAUUUCCUGUAUCGCCAGCUGCUGAGACAAAGGUGGAGGCAAAGCGAAGAAAGAGGUGAAUGAGUAGUGCAUGAGUAUGUACGAGUUUUCUUGCAUAGUAGUGCACUGUUUGUUGUUGUACCGUGGAAUUGUACAGUGCAGAGAGAGGGAAAACUAUAAGACAAGGCCUGAGGCUUUUUCCUAAUUUAUGCUAACCUAGUUUUCAUUAUCUA